UUAACUCGCCGGCGGAAGCGGCUGCCGUGGCCGGUGCCGGCUGCCCAAUGGGGAUGCGGUUCGCGGCCCAUCACUUCCUGGCCCUGCAGCCGGGCCGGCACGAGCGAGGCUGAGAGAGCCGGGCCGGGGGAGGGGCCGCACCCGCCACCAACAUGCCCUUUGACUUCAGGAGGUUUGAUAUCUACAGGAAGGUGCCAAAAGACCUCACACAGCCAACCUACACAGGAGCUAUUAUUUCUGUCUGCUGCUGUCUCUUCAUACUGUUUCUUUUCCUGUCUGAGCUCACCGGAUUCAUAGCCACUGAAAUAGUUAACGAGCUCUACGUAGACGACCCAGACAAAGAGAGCGGAGGUAAAAUAGAAGUGAAUCUGAACAUCAGCUUACCGAACCUGCACUGUGAAUUGGUUGGACUGGACAUUCAGGAUGAAAUGGGAAGGCACGAAGUUGGCCAUAUUGACAACUCAAUGAAAGUACCUCUCAAUAAUGGGGAUGGCUGCAGGUUUGAGGGCCACUUCAGCAUCAACAAGGUUCCAGGUAACUUUCAUGUGUCAACACACAGUGCCACUGCACAGCCUCAGAAUCCUGACAUGACGCACAUCAUCCACAAACUCUCAUUUGGAGAUAAGUUACAGGUCCAGAACAUUCAUGGAGCAUUCAAUGCCCUGGGGGGAGCAGACAAGCUCAGCUCAAACCCCCUUGCAUCUCAUGAUUAUAUACUGAAGAUAGUCCCCACCGUGUAUGAAGAUAUGAGCGGCAAACAGCGGUACUCAUACCAGUAUACUGUAGCAAACAAGGAGUAUGUUGCCUACAGUCACACUGGCCGCAUUAUCCCCGCUAUCUGGUUUCGCUAUGAUCUGAGCCCCAUCACAGUGAAAUAUACAGAGAGGCGGCAACCUUUGUACAGGUUUAUCACAUCGAUUUGUGCCAUUAUUGGAGGAACGUUUACUGUAGCUGGGAUCCUUGACUCGUGCAUUUUCACAGCCUCUGAAGCCUGGAAGAAGAUCCAAUUAGGGAAAAUGCAGUAGCGAUGAAACCAUUAUUCAAGGCUCCAGGGGCAGGAGUAAAGAAUGAGAACCCCCCACACACACACACCUGUUUCUUCUAUUUGAUUGAAUCAAUACAUUAUUCUUUAGUCAAGUUAUUUGGUGAAGCUCUUUUUUCAACAAAUCAAAAAUCUGUCUACAUUUCAAAGCUCUGAGACAUCAAUCCCCUCCUCGCAAAAAACCCCAAAAGGUUUCUAAUGUAGAAAUUGCAUUUAUGAAUUAACUCUCCAGGAUCCUAUAGAGUAACACUAGUGUCAGGAGGGUCCCUUAUGUAGGGUUUGCAAAGAUAUGUGAAUUCUCUUCCAGCUCUUUCAUGCUAUUGGAAUUGCAUGACUAGACAAUCAUGUAUUUUAUAAGGCAAAAUUACGUAUUAGAAGAAAUUCUACCCACAGUGCCAAAAAGAGUGAUGUCCAUUGAUGAAGAAUGGAAAGUGUUUAGUCCUCAUAGCAAUCCAAAGGAGAGAGAGAGGCAAAAAUGACUUCAAGGUGUUUUCUUUUUUUUUGAAAAGCUCCUCUGUAGGUAUGACCUGGUCUAGAUGAAAUGAGCAAAUAUGAUUAAACCUUUCCCCAACCACCUUCUCCUGGGUAAACUAUCUGUAACUGGGGAAGGGGACAGCCUCUCUUGUACUCUUUUUGGAUGUAAAAAUAUUUUCAUUUCUUCCCAAUAACUGAAUAUCCAGUCUUGUGUUUACAGAUGGCCAAAUUGAGUAACACUAUUUUAUGUUGCCUUUUGUUUUGAAGGGGAAUAGUUGUCAUUGCAACACUAGCUUUGUAUCCUUUUCUCCUGCCUAUUUUAAACACAGACCACCUAGUUUGGAGUCUGCAAUUUGAUUUGAUUUAUUUGGAAAGGGUCACCCAUACUACUUGUUCAUAGAAAUGCUGUGCUGUUUUGGGUGGAUGUACACAGCUUGAUGCCUUGUGCUGUCUGUGUAUGUGAUGCACACCUGUAAAAACAAUAAGCCUGUCCUUUGGAAUUUUGAGGUGCCUGCAUUCCCAGCACUUUUUUUAAUAAA